UCAGCAUGGCCGUGGAUUGGAUCGGGUUCGGCUACGCCGCUCUGGUGACAUCGGGAGGGCUCAUUGGCUACGCUAAAGCAGGCAGUGUUCCAUCGCUGGCUGCUGGGCUGCUCUUUGGAAGUCUGGCUGGUCUGGGUGCCUAUCAGCUGUCCCAGAAUCCAAGUAAUGUUUGGAUUUCUCUGAUUACAUCUGGAACACUCACUGCUGUAAUGGGAACAAGGUUUUACAACUCUGGAAAGUUCAUGCCUGCAGGACUGAUUGCUGGUGUCAGUUUGCUGAUGGUUGGAAGAUUAGCACUGAAGAUGGUGGAGAAGCCCCAUGAAAAAUAACUGCUCAUUUUACUGCUUAUCACUUGGAUGAGGAAACCUGAUAAUGACACUGCGAACACAGAAGCAAGAAAAUCAGGAUGGAUAGUUUACGUACAAAGUGCCAUUUAUUUCAAGAAUCUGGUAGAGCUCUUACUGUGCAGUGAGAAUUUGGUCCUGGUUGUUUUUUUUGAAACACAUUUCAUUGUAUUUUGAUACUUUUGAUUUUUAUAUCCCAAAAUAUACUGAUGACACAUAAGAAGUAGAGUGGAUCUGUAAUUAAGCAAGCAACCAUGAAGUGUCACCAGAAACAGCUGGCUGAAUACAGCACUGUAUCUCAUAACUUUUAUACCAAGUACUACAGUAUGCUUUACCUGCUGUAUCCUGAGUCGAUAUAUCACGUCUGUAUAACACCAAACAAAUCUUCUCUUUUUAUUGUGAAAUGAUGCUGAAAUGUUGCUUUUCUACAAGUAAAACCUGUUGCAAACCUUUA